AUGCUACAAUUGUGGGAUAAUUUCCACCCUUUGUGGUGGAGGGACGAAAGCGGUCAUACCGUUUACGAUGCAUGUGGAUUAUACUGGAGGCUUAAGAGUGCCCUUAGACCUGCCGAGAUGAAUAAACUUAUGGCUAAGCGGAAGCGGAAGCGGACAAUAUGCUCCAUGUACCGCAAAUCGAUCGAGAAGAGGCAGCAAAUGGCGUCGACACCGACAGAAUGA